CCCAGUAGAUGGGAGCUGCUCCCUGGGGCUGAGCUUGUCGCAUCCUCCACCAGCCCUCGCCCCCGAAGUCAAGAGGAGAGCCCCUGCCCCCCCACACACCUUGCCCCUUUUGGGGGUCGCCUCCAUCUAGCCGGUCCUUAGCUCUAGCGGCCGCGCCGUCCGACAAAGGAGCGGGACGAUGCUACUGGCGUCGGUGCUGGGAAGUGGCCCCCGGGUGGGGCCGCCGCUCCGGCCCUUCCUCGGGCCUGCGCUCCUGCUCAGGGCCCUCUCCACAUCAGCCACCGACACUCACCACGUGGAGAUGGCGAGGGAGCGCUCCAAGACCGUCACCUCCUUUUACAAUCAGUCCGCCAUUGACGUGGCCGCAGAGAAGCCCUCAGUCCGCCUCACUCCGACCAUGAUGCUCUAUUCAGGCCGCUCUCAGGAUGGCAGCCACCUUCUGAAAAGUGCCCGGUACUUGCAGCAAGAGUUGCCAGUGAGGAUCGCUCACCGCAUCAAGGGCUUCCGCAGCCUUCCUUUCAUCAUUGGCUGCAACCCCACUAUCCUGCACGUGCACGAGCUGUACAUCCGUGCCUUCCAGAAGCUGACAGACUUCCCUCCGAUCAAGGACCAGACAGAGGAAGCCCAAUACUGCCAGCUGGUGCGUCAGCUGCUGGACGACCACAAAGAUGUGGUGACCCUCUUAGCUGAGGGCCUACGUGAGAGCCGGAAGCACAUAGAGGAUGAGAAGCUUGUUCGCUAUUUCUUGGACAAGACACUGACGUCCAGGCUUGGGAUCCGCAUGUUGGCCACACAUCACCUGGCGCUGCAUGAGGACAAGCCUGACUUUGUCGGCAUCAUUUGCACUCGCCUCUCGCCAAAGAAGAUUAUUGAAAAGUGGGUGGACUUUGCCAGACGCCUGUGUGAGCACAAGUACGGCAACGCCCCCCGCGUCCGCAUCAACGGACACGUGGCUGCUCGAUUCCCCUUCAUCCCUAUGCCCCUGGACUACAUCCUGCCGGAGCUGCUCAAGAAUGCCAUGAGAGCCACGAUGGAGAGCCACCUAGACACUCCCUACAACGUCCCAGAUGUGGUGAUCACGAUCGCCAACAACGAUAUUGACCUCGUCAUCAGGAUUUCAGACCGGGGAGGGGGAAUCGCUCACAAGGACCUGGAUCGGGUUAUGGACUACCACUUCACGACAGCCGAGUCCAGCACCCAGGACCCCCGGAUCAACCCACUCUUCGGUCACAUGGACAUGCACAGUGGUGUCCAGUCAGGACCCAUGCAUGGCUUCGGCUUCGGGCUGCCCACGUCCCGGGCUUACGCGGAAUACCUUGGCGGUUCCCUUCGGCUGCAGUCCCUGCAGGGCAUCGGCACGGAUGUCUAUCUGCGGCUCCGUCACAUUGAUGGUCGCGAGGAAAGCUUCCGCAUCUGACCCUGCAGCCCUUGGCCUGCCCGCCUGGGCCACACACCCUGCCAGGACCUUCUGGGCCAGACAGGGUGCUGUGUGCUCCACACCCUGCUGCAUCUUGGGUCUUACGAUGCCAAGCAGAUGGACUUACAUGGAGCCGGACACCGCCCCUCCUCAACAGGGUCCACUGUUUCCCUGCUUCCAGCCCUUGGAGGGGAGGAAGAAGGGACCCCAGCACUGGCUUCAUCUUUCUUGUUCCUGGGGAACCCCAUUUUGACCUGCUGUUAUUAAAGUUCACAUUCUGAAUGCCCUCUUGGGCCCCAUGUGGGGAGGGCAGGUGA